AUGGAUGCUUCGCCGGAAGCUAUUCUGCAUCGAGUGAGAGAGCGCGAUGCGCAGAUGUGCGUUCUCCUUCAACGGACCGAGCUCCUGAAUCGUGUUCAUCGUGGUGCAAUCAGCGAGCUACCACCUUCGCCAGAGGGAAUGGGUGGCCGUGAUUCUUUGAAGGCGCGCCUGGCCGUGAUUUAUGGAUGCCAGGACCAGGCAGAAACCGUACUCAACGAGGCUGUCCCGCUGCUGCAGCCGCCGCCACCACCAUCUUCACCUGUGGCCUCUACACCUGAUGCUUAUACCAAAGCCAUAAGGUCUCUCCUUUCCACGCCGAAAGCCAACACUGCUGCUACUGCUCGCUCCACCAGAGCGCCCUCAAACUCCUCGGGACACCCCCGUGUACAAUCCGGCGGGCCCCCUUCCGUCCGCCGUGCCGAGCGAGGAGACGGUGGCAGAAACAGCAGCAGUGCGGUGACGUAUCGCGUGUUCCUGGAACGCUUGACGCGCUCGGAGAGCGAGGGGUUCGUGGAAGCUAUCCGGUUGUUCCUCUUCAGCAUCCUUGGGAACGGUGGCGCCGUCAACCCCGCCGCCGGCCGGCCGCGGGCGUCGAGCAACAGUGACAUCCGGCGGGAGACGGAAGAGGUGGAGGUCUACGGCUCGUCGUUUCUUUCGCAGAGGUGCGCCGAGUUUUUCUUGGCGAUGCAAAACGCCAUGGGGGUACACACGUCGUGGGCUGAGCUCGGUUAUGACAGCCUCGUCGCGUGCCGAGAGCACCUUGAAAGGUUCGUCAUGUCCAAGAUCCACCCGCUGGCGUUCGGCAGCAAGCUUGACGGAGCCGUGGAUGCUUCCAUCUCCGCCCGCCUGCAGUCGUUACAGUUCCUCACCCCGCACGACCUGAACGUCAGCGUUUACGCUCGCGAGGAGACCGUGUUAACCUUGGCACAGGAGGAAUUGCGCAAAAUGGGCCGUGGGCGGUGCCCCGGAGACAUCGUGUCACGCGUGGUGCGUUGCUGCGAUACCCUUUUCGCCCUUAUCGAUCAGGGCCGUCGCUUCAAGCAAGGGGUCGGACGUGGUGGCGGUGGAGGUGGAGGAAAAGGAAGAGGAGAAGGAGACAGCAAUGUUUCAUCCUGGCGACCCGAGCGUGAUCCCGCCGGCACCGCGGAUGACUUCUUGCCGGUGUUGAUUUACGUGGUGCUGCGGGCGAGAGUGCCGAGGCUUCAUUCCAUGUGCGAGUACGUCCAGGCGUUUCACAGCCCCGUGGCGCUCAUGUCUAGGCCGGGCUACUGCUUCGUCGCUCUUAGGAGUGCGGUGGAGUUCCUGAUGACCCUCAACGGAGCUGCGGUGGGCAUGUCCGAGCAAGAUUUUCGGAGGCGCGCCUUGGAUGCGGCAAUCGGAGUAGAUGCCAGCUCGUAGGCUACCGCUGGCACCAAUGAAAACCAGCACCCUUUGUGCCCCAAGCACGACAAACCAAAUCG